GUUUAUCUUAGUUCUUAAUAUUUUUUUCUUUUUGCCAAGUGCAGUCAUGUUCUUCCCCCGUUUGCUAUGCAUUUUAGGGUGCAUCAAUAUAGUGUGGACGAGUCGAUGUCCCGUGGCUUCAUCAAAUGAUGAAAUACCUGUAGAAAUGUUAGAUUAUGACCCUCGGACACAGAUUUGCUGUGGAGGUCUCCAAGAACGGCACGACAACGGAGAGGAGAGAGGCUGCUGUGGGGGUGUGCACUUGUACAAAAAAUCGGAACAGAUCUGUUGUGCUUCCGGUAUUGUCACUGAUAGAUAUAUUCAGACUGGGAAACACGCAGGACAAGAACAAAAGUGUUGUGGAAACGAGACCUACCCAGUAAAGACAAUCGGAAAUAACACUUACUGCUGUGGAAAUCAGUAUAUAUCGACAAAAAAUGGCUGCUGUAAUGGUACAACCCCCUUCAACAAAACGAUAUCAGCUUGUGAGAAAAACCAACUCGUUCCACGGUUUCAUGACUUUUGUCAGGGAACACUUUACGACAAACGAAAACAGCUAUGCUGCGACGAAUCCAAACUCUACAGUAAGUCCUCUUCUGACCGACAUUUCCGCUGCUGCGGGGAAACUUUGUUUGAUAACAGAUUGGAACAGUGCUGUGAGUCGGGGGGUAAAACCAAAGUCCAGCCCACAACGGGGUACUGCUGUGGGACAGAUGUUUACAAUUUUCCCAACGAAAUCUGUUGUCGCAACAGCGUAUACGACUCAUUGAAUGGAACAUUUCAAUGUUGUGGAAACAGUUCAUAUGAUAAAAGAAUCCAAACAUGUUGUCAUGGUAUAGUGCGUGACAUAAAGCACGUGAACGACCCGAAAUGUUGCGGUAAAGAUGUUUAUUCAACAGAGUCACAUCUUUGCUGCAGCGGUGACAGAAUAAUUAGGAAAAAUGCCCCUGACCACGAUAAGUGCUGUCCUCGGAAUUCAGUGUUCCACUCCUGCAAAAAUCAGCCAAGUAGACCAUCAACAUUUUGUGGGCGCCAGCGGUAUGAUAGCCGAACGGAUCUUUGCUGCAAUAGUCAGGUCCACAAGAGGGCCAAGGAGAUUGGAAGAGAAUGCUGUCAUCCCGGAAAAAAGGAUUAUAAUCCAAGAAAUGAGAAAUGUUGUCAUGGAGUGGUGAAAAGCAUUGCAGAGAGUUGUGGUGAACACUCAGACGCCCCAAGAUCCUUGACAAUAGGUGGUAAUGGUAACAUACCACGUGUACCCGGUAUCUGUAGCAUUAAUUCCAAAGAGUGGACUACUUGGAAAUUGAGAAAAUCUAUCAAUACUGGCAGACUAGAUAUUUGUAGGAGAAAUGGUUACUUAAUCAAAGUCCAUGAUGUCAAAUGUUCCAACUCGACCAAAGCAUUAUUACCGAGGGUGAUGUUAACGGGUACUGCAAAGCGGAACUUAUACAACGCUACAGAGGCUUUGGCAAAGAGAAAAAUUAUCAACCUCGAUCUACCUUGCGGCUGUAACAAUUAUCAUAAUCUGAGAAAAAAGAAAAUUAUUCUUCUGACCGACAUUGAUUUGAAGGUUCCUCGGAGAACCUUCCACCUCGGGGACAGCGAUAUCAUUCUUCCUUACAAAAAGAAGGUACUGAAGGAUGUAAAGAAGAGGAGAAAUUCAGCAGCUUGCGAGCCUCAGAACUGCGAUGGAAAUCCACGGCGAUAACCAAGCCACAGACGUCUUGUUGUCUUAGACCGUUCUACCUCAUUGUCUCAAGCCGCGGUCUGGAGGUUGCACAUAGUUCUUUUUCACAGAGGUUUGCUACGAUGGGUCUACCUCGCCUAGUCUCCAGGUGACGUGUAUAAGAUUUUUGGAUGCAUAAAUAUAUUAAUUAUCCAGUCGCAACGGAAUUGGAGGGGGUAUAGUUACUCAGUCAUAUGUGUUCGUUUGUGAGUGAGUUAGCGAUGCAUUCAAGUGAUGUAAUUUUUAUCGAGAUUGGAUUGCUGCCUUGAUUUUUAGAUUUGGUCUUUGCAAAGGGAAGCUGCGCCUUCUGGUGCUGUUUGUUUCCUUGGUAAUUUUUAGUUUUAUUGCACAAAAUGUGGUGGAAAUGUAUAAAAAAUAAACCUUUACCCAUGAAAGGAUGAAAUAUUUUCGGUUUUAUGGUAGCGUCAUGUGAUGCAAAACAGUUACCCCUAACAUGAUUUUUACUGGAAUAAUUUCUUUGAUAUCAAUGUGUUGUGUGUUUUACAUAUCAACAGUUAAGAGAAACUUAGAUAAUGGAUCUCCAAUGAAAUAAUUGUAUUCUUGACAGAUGUCGGAUUGCAUGUUUUAUAUGUGUUUUUUGUAAUUUUUUUUUUAAAGUCAACAUUCCAUUGUAUAAUUGGCUUUAUGACAUUUUGUGAUAUAAAUCAUGCCAUUGCAUUUUUUUGCAAAACAAUAAUUUUCUAGACUCAUAAUUUCUACUAAUUUUUUUCCCUUUUUCAAAGCUGUCUCAGGGUUUUUUUUAAAGUUUGUUUUCCAUAUAUCAGGGAGAAAACGUUCGGGGUAUUUGAAUAUUUAACUUUUUAUUUAAAAAAAAGAAAAGAAUUUUUAUUCUAAAACUGCUUUCAUUUCAUGUUUUGGAGGUCCAUGAUUGCUCUGUUCAUAUUUUGUAAUGUUUAAUGGAAUCGAGCAUGAAUAUACUGUUUAUUAUCUUCAUAUAUUUCAUUGUAUGUAUUAUUACCAGUAACUACUUGUAUUAUCCUUGCCUUAAGGAUUUUCUCCAUUUCUAAACCUGUUUGAAUGGCAAGGUUAUUUACAAGUACAUGUACUAGUAUUUCAUUUUA